AAUAUUAAAUUAAAUUCGAAAAAUCCUCACCCAAUUGCGAUAGCAAUUACAUAUUGUCCCCAAUUAAAGCACGGGAGGUAGUGCUGCUACAAGCAAGUAGUCACGAAUCAAUUAAUUAAAUAUUAUCCUGUGUGGGCCCCUCAAUUAAUUAAUUCAUCACCGCCCUUCAAUCCAACGGCCUCAAUCUACUGCCGUUUGAUUAACACACUCAUGAUUUGGGUCUAUCAUAAGUCAACUGUUUAGUCAAAGCAGGUCAAAUUUCUUUUCAUCGCACCCGUUCAUUUCGUAUCCCACCUAUCGUACGGCUAUUAAUGAAAGUUGUAUUUAGGCACGUCCACACGAUUUAAAACCCCGACCACAGUCACGGCGAUGAAAUGAAGUCAUUUCAAUUUCCAGCCUGGCUUCAUUUGUCCGUUUAAUAUUCCGGCCCCACCAAAAAGUAAAUUACCCCUAAUUUCCAAUUUUACCCCUCUCUUCUUCUCAAAUGCUUCGUCUUCCUUCUCCGCCUCCCCCAAAAAAUUGCCCUAAUGGCCUUCCUGGUUUUACUCUUCUUCCUCGCCGUAACUGCACGGUUUCCGUCGACGGUGGUCUCCGGCGAGUUUCCGGUAUUCAGAGAAGCGCCGGCAUUCCAAAACGGUCGGGAAUGUCGCCGGACAACGAAGCCUUCUGUUAUCCACAUCGCCAUGACUUUAGACGCUACCUAUCUCCGAGGAUCGAUAGCCGGAGUAUUUUCCGUACUUCAGCAUUCAGCCUGCCCGGAAAACAUAGUGUUCCACUUCAUCGUCACGCACCGGCGAUUAGAGCUCCGGCGCAUCAUCACCACCACAUUCCCCUACCUGAACUUCCAUCUCUACCAUUUCGAUUCAAAUCUAGUAAGAGGAAAAAUCACCUACUCGGUUCGACGAGCCCUAGAUCAGCCACUGAAUUACGCGAGAAUGUACCUGGCAGAACUAUUACCACUCACCGUUAAUCGAAUCAUCUACUUCGAUUCAGAUCUGGUGGUGGUGGACGACGUGGCGAAACUGUGGAAGAUCAAUUUAGGGAAUCACGUGCUGGGAGCGCCGGAGUAUUGCCAUGCGAAUUUCACGAAUUACUUCACGCCGAAAUUCUGGAAUUCAGAAUAUGCGGCGGCGUUUGAGGGGCGGAAACCGUGUUAUUUCAACACGGGGGUGAUGGUGAUCGAUUUGGGAAAAUGGAGGGAAGGGAAAUACACGGAGAGGCUGGAAAAAUGGAUGAGGAUUCAGAAGAGGAACAGAAUUUAUGAGCUGGGAUCGUUGCCUCCAUUUUUGCUGGUUUUUGCUGGGGAUGUUGAAGGAGUUGAGCAUCGAUGGAACCAACAUGGGUUGGGUGGGGAUAAUUUGAAAGGGGUUUGUAGGGAUCUUCAUCCUGGUCCGGCCAGUUUACUCCAUUGGAGUGGAAAAGGGAAGCCAUGGCUGAGAUUAGAUGCUAAGAAGCCUUGUCCACUAGAUAGUUUAUGGGCUCCUUAUGAUCUUUCUCGUUAUUCCUCUCUGUUUUCUGACAAUUGAAAUCGCCGGAAGGAAAGAGGUCGCCAUCACUGCCGCCGGUGACGGUGCUUUAAGCUGAGCCCAUGGUUGAAGCGAAGGGGGUGUGGGCCUGUUUGGGUUGGUUGUAUUCUGGGCCGGGCUACAGCCUUCAACAAUGUAAAAAUGGAUUCGUUUUUUCUUUUAUUUUUUUUUCCCUCAACAAGCAACAAAUUUUUUAAACUUUUUAGGUUAACGUUCAUUGUGAUGAAAUUUAGAUUGAAUCAGCCGAGUAUAAUCGACUGCAAUUAUAGGGUUUUUUUUUUAGUGCAACGAUUAUAAAGUGGGUAUUGAACAACAAACAUUUUAGACUAUGAUAAUUUGUGUGUUAUCUA